AUGAAAUAUUUAGCACUCAUAUUAGUGUUGACCCUAUGGUUAGCCGAAGCAAAUGUUGAGAAACUAAACGUUUCAGUGCACCGACAUUCUGGAGGUCGUAUCGUUGGUGGUGUGGAUGCCACGGCUGACCAAGCACCAUUUCAAGUUGCACUGCAAUACCUGGGUUUUUUGGUUGGUCUCACCUAUGCGGUGGUUCACUGGUUGGCACCCAAUCCGUACUUGACAGCGAGUCAACUGCGAGUACAGUACGGGGGUCUGGACCGGACUAACCUGGCUUAUACCAAUCUAGUACAACAAAUAUACCAACACUCCCAGUACAACAUACCCGCCAAAUACGACUACGACUACACUGUACUCCGACUCCAGGAUAAAAUCCAGACGUCGGCCACCAUUAAGACCAUUGAGUUGGUCGACGCGACUCCGGCCGCCGGAUCUAAGGCCCAACUGACCGGUUGGGGGCGGACUGUGGGCAGCGAUCCCAACUCAUCCCCGGCUAAGUUACAGUACGCGGAGUUCACACUAAUUACUCGCGAGGAAUGCCAACGAAGAAGUAAUAAUGUCUUCACAGACCCGCCGACAGUCACCACACAAAUGAUUUGCGCCGAGAAUAAGGCCGCCUCCGGGUGUAAGGGUGAUUCCGGUGGACCCCUAGUAGUCGGUGGCAAACUGGCGGGCAUUGUCUCGUGGGGCGCCGGCACUUGUCCCCCAGACACUACUGUUUACCCCACAGCCUAUGCAGAUGUUGGCGCUCAGAGGGCAUGGCUGCAGUCAAAUAUAGUCUAAAUCGGAUUCAAAGGAUCGCUUGUUAACGGACCACUCAAUUGAAACCAUCGAUUAUUAAAUGAUAACUAUUUAUGA